AUGUACAUGAAGUGUGGCAGCGUGGUGGAAGCACAGCAGGCCUUCGACAGGAUUCCUCGCCCCGACGAAGUGGCUAUGCGGAGAAUGGCGAGGACGAGAUGGCCUUGCAGCUCUUUGGAUCGAUACAACAGUGCUGCGCAGCAAACGCACGAACUUUUGCCGCUGCGCUCGCCUCUGGCAGCUGCCGAAGAAGGCCAUCGUCAAGCCGAGGCUGGGAUGAGAACAGAUCCUAUCCUUUGCAAUGUCUACAUGCGGAAUGCUCUCAUCGACAUGUACGUGAAGUGCCGGAGCAUGGUGCAUGCUCAAGAGGUUUUCGACAAGAUGAAAAGUCGGGAUGUGGUCUCGUGGAACGUUUUGAUGCUCGGCUAUACACAGGAUGGCCUCGGAGCCAAGGAAGAAGCUCGGAAUCCACAGGAGAAGCUCAGGUUUCUAGUUACGGGUGUGGCGAUCCACGGCACGGCGGACAGACUGCGAUGUGACUCAAACAUAUUCAUAGCCAACGCUCUUCUCAACUGA